GUGAAACCCAUGCGGAGCAUUUCGUCUUGUGUAACGAAAAUAGGACGUAAACAGAAUGAUGUGAUUCAGGCCACGCAGAUUCAGCAUGUCCCGCUCGAGUGAUAUGCUAGCGUUUAUUCGUGGCUUAGAAUACAUUGCCAAGGCCCUAGCUAAACACCAGGGGAAGGAGUAUCAACAGGCAUGGACUAAUUCCUCUUUGAAAUCGGGACUACAAGAUUUGGGGGCAAAGGUCGAGGAAGUAGUCAGUGAUGCCAUUGUGAAACAGUCCAUUUCAAAGAAUGGACUUGGGGACAAGAUCAGUUUCAUGGGGACACAGGCUGGCGCUGUUGUCCAGAAUCUGCGAUCUUCAUCAGUGUUGUGUGGGAGAUUUGGACAAGGCAGCAAUAGUCAUGAGCGAGAUUUGUCAGAAUUUGAUUUAGGGGAUGAUGGGUUGAGUGAGGAUGUUAUUUUACGGGCAAGUCAGAGUCAAGUGAAAGUGCGAUGGGAAACGCCGGACUACACCAGUGGAGAUAAGAACAAAGCCAUGGGACUGAGGGGUGUAGUUAACAUGGUCAGCAGUACAGCUCAGUCCACGAUAAAAAAUGUGGCUCAGGCUGCCUCCCCUACCACCAAAAGCUUCCACUACGACCCUACCAAUACAGGUGUCACAGCUGAUGAUCUACAGAAAGAGGAAAAAGCAGCUAGAGAGCAACAACAACAGCAGCAGCAACCACCUCCUACACAACAACAUCAUCAGCGUCUUUAUCAGCAACAAACAUCCACAGCUUCUCCAAGUACCUCGGCUUCACAGAAGAUUGACCCUUCUGUGACCUUCAAACAACCUCUAAGGGCAAUGACCCCUAAACCCAAAAUUGAUCAGAAGCUGAGUGAACGAUCACGAGAACGCCGCGUCCCUGGCUCCAGGAUUGGCCGUAUGAUGAGCUUUGGAGGGCUUGCUGCUGGGCUGGGCAUUGGGGCUGUGGCAGAGGUGACAAGGAGAACUUUAGGGCUUAAACCUGAAAAUUUGGGUACAGCAGUAAUGGAUAAGAGCCCGUUUCUGACAGAAGCCAAUGCUGAGAGGAUCGUGAACACACUAUGUCGAGUGAGAGGGGCUGCCUUAAAGUUAGGCCAGAUGCUGAGUAUACAGGAUAACUCCUUUAUCAAUCCUGAGUUACAAAAGAUACUUGAGCGUGUUCGUCAGAGUGCUGAUUUCAUGCCAGCCAAUCAGAUGGAGAAAGUGCUGACAAGAGAGCUAGGGCCUGAUUGGAGAAGCAAACUGGUGACAUUUGAUGACAAACCAUUUGCUGCGGCAUCAAUUGGUCAGGUCCAUCGUGCGACCCUACCUGAUGGACGAGAAGUGGCCAUGAAGAUACAGUACCCGGGGGUGGCCUCGAGUAUUGACAGUGACAUCAACAACCUGAUGGGGAUUCUCAAAGUCUGGGAUAUACUACCUAAAGGUAUGUAUGUGGAGAAUGUGAUGGAAGUGGCACGGGUAGAGCUGGCCUGGGAAGUAGACUACAUUCGGGAAGCUGAGUGCGGCAGAAGAUUUAGAGAGCUAUUGAAGGACGACCCUGCAUUCUACGUCCCUGAGGUGAUAUCAGAGUUGAGCACAGGUCAGGUUUUGACCACAGAGUUUGUCAAUGGCAUCCCAUUGGACAAACUGGACGAUGCUGAUCAGGCUACCAAAGACUUUAUUGGUACGCACAUUUUACGGUUGUGCCUGAGGGAGCUGUUUGAGUUUCGCUUCAUGCAAACUGACCCAAACUGGUCAAACUUCUUUUACAACUAUGACACAGACCAGCUGUGUCUGUUAGACUUUGGGGCAAGCCGUGAGUUCAGUAAGAGUUUUGUCGAUCGGUACAUCCAAGUGAUUGACUGUGCCAGAAAGAAUGAUCGUGAAGGGGUGUUGAAGGGCUCUCAGGAUCUAGGCUUUCUCACAGGAUAUGAGGCCAAGGUGAUGGAGGAUGCACAUGUGGAUGCUGUCAUGAUUCUUGGUGAGGCGUUCGGACACGUCGGUCAGUUUGAUUUUGGCCGACAGACGACGACAGCUCGUAUACAGAACCUGAUCCCGGUGAUGUUGAAGCAUCGGUUAUCCGCCCCUCCUGAUGAGAGCUACUCCCUACACAGGAAGAUGUCUGGAGCCUUUCUGCUCUGCUCUAAACUCCAGGCAUGCAUUGACUGUCAUUCCUUAUUUGCGGACGUGUGGAACAAUUACAAGUUUGGGGAUGUCGAAACAGAGUUAUAACAGAGUUAAUUUGUAUAGCAAAAGACUUUGAACAGUUACAAUAUAUUUGAUGAUGAAAGGAAAUAUAGAUAGGAACUGUAAUGUGAAGUUGCUACAUCCAUGUACCAGUAAUGUAUGCUGUCAGGGGAAAUUGUAUACUUGGCCUUUAUGCAGAAGAUGUUAAAAUGAAUUUUCAGCUGAAGUAGAUUUUGUGCACAGAGAUAAUCUGUCAGUCUUGGAACACAUGUUGCAGUUCAGAGUGGAGGCCGAUUUCCUGUUCACAGUGUUCCUUGGCUAGCCAGUAGUUACUGUGAACUGCACUUUCUAUAGCUCGUGUGAGGUUAAGGUUAAAGAACAAUUCUACAUGGAUUAAAGGCCUUGAAUCUGCUGUGUUUUUUGCUUCAAUAGGGAUCUGCUUGGCUGGCCUUCUACAUGUACUUCUUCAUGAAAAGACAACAUUAGGCCCAGUGUAUGUAUGCAUUGGUAAAGGAUACACAUGAAGUUUAAAAAGCAUAACUUCUUGUUUUUGUGAUGGCUUAUAUAUCCCAGUUUAAAGUGGAUGAAAUCUUGUAAAUUGAGAAAACUGAAAGUGUUUCCAUGCUAUUUAUUUUAUCCAGUCAGGCUAUAAGCUAAGAAUGCAGAUGUUUUGAUUUAUUUAUUUUUUGGAUUGGUGUUUUAUGCCGUACUCAAGAAUAUUUCACUUAUACAACGGCAGCCAGCAUUAUGGUGGCUUGAAACCAGGGAAACCCACAACCGUCCACGGGUUAAGGGCAGAGUAUGACUGGAUAGCUGGACUUGAACUCACAGCGACCGCAUUGAUGAGAGACUCCUGGGUCAUUACGCAGCGCUAUAGCGGGUUAACCAACUGAACCACGGACGCCCCCCAGAUGUUUUGUGUUUUAGCCAUAUCAGUGUGGUGCACAAGUAUCAUGACAUCAUAUUUCUAAUUUCCCUUGAACACAUAAGAAUUCCAGAUGAAGAGUAGAUUUUUGGACUUACCAUGCACGUCAUCUCAAAAUGGCCUUGGAUGUUCAGCUCUGUUCCCAACCCUCUUCUGAAAUAACCAAGGUUAUGUUAUUUGUGCAAACCUUGAAAACCUAUUCAUAGCUGAUAAUUAUUAUACCAUUUUUUAAGCUUUAAUCGUGUUAAAAAUCAUCUGUGUGGUGCCUGCUGUAGAGAUAACAAGAACAGAAUGUUGUGUUAAUUAGAAUUAGUCAAUGCAUGGGAGGCAAGGGAACAGUUUUAUCCGUCGUCUUGAGAACAGCAUUAAAGUGUGACACUCAACCUUUGGCUCACCAUGUACGAGUUCAAUUCUGGGACAGGAAAUUCUGCCCUCAUUGUCCAUGGAACUGUUUGAGUCUGACAGACUUUUGUUAUAGCUACUUGUUUUCUACUAGUACGGUGUGCAAGUCUGUACGUCAAAAUGUCCACCAGUAACCAGUCACCAGGUGUUGGUUUUGAACAGCAGUCUAGUAAAUAAAUACAUUGAUUAAAAUGACAAAUCAGUGAAUCAUUUGUGUGGCCUUUGCCCAGGGGUAUAGUACAAAUGUAUGAUGAGUGGAUAAAGAGUGGAUUAUUGAAAGUGUAAAGGACAGUAUUCACCUUUUACCUGUAGAUACAAUCUGUUCUGUUUGUAAGGUAUCGCAAUUUCCAUAACAAAUUUUACACAGGCAUUUCUAUAGCAUUCGAUUGGAAUUAUUUGGUUGUAAAUUGUCAGUUUUGAGAGUGUGACUUAUAUGUUUCUUGUCCUUCAGGUAAGGAGACACAAAUUGUUUGUGACUUUACCAUAACACAGGGAUUACGCUUCACAUGUUACUAUGUAUACAAUAUUGUUUGGGGAACAAUUUAUUUUGAAUGGCAUGGUAAAACUAAAUAGAAAUUGAUAUAUAAUAAUAAUAAUAAUAAUAAUCACAAUAAGUGAUAUAUAUUUUGUGUGGAUAGCUGUGUAAAGGUAUGAAAGUGUAUUGUUCGAUUGACACAAGAAAAUAAAUUGUUAAUAGCCAGGUCAGUAUUGUAUAUCAUUUUGAGGCAUGCUAAAUGACCUAAAAUUUGGUCCAAAAAUUGAAUUUUCGGAGACAAAUAAAUGCCUUAAACUAUUACUUUUUGUCUUGAAACUUGCAUAUUUCCAGGGGGAUAUAAUCAAGCCUUCUGAACAGGCUUUGGUUCACCUUUGUAAAGUUAACAGAAUGUGCAACUUUGAUAUAGGGGAAAUUUUUUGUCUUUUGUCCAAAGGUCCUGUAUCAUGACCUGGUGGAUAUAGAGGAAGCAGUGUGUUUAUAUAUGUCUAGGUCAGUAGUUUUCAGGGUCACCAAUAUUACGCAGUGAGCGUCCAAAACCUGAAAACGGUGUAUAGCAUUUGUAAUAAUUGCACCAGCUUUUAUCGGUGAAGUUACCAUUUACAGAUCUCAGGUUUGCCAGAUACGCCAUUUAACCUCAGUUCAAGGGACUACUAUUACUGGAUGUACAUGACGUCUCAAGUGAGUGCUCUAGCCUUAAGACACUGCUCUUCAGAUUAAACAAAAUGAGUUACCACCUGGAAUUUGACUUCUUUAUUUUUGCAUCGGAAGGAGGUAUGUUUUCAGACUUGCAUAUUUCUGUAGGCCUACGUCUCUCAGUCUGUAAUCAUGACACUUGAAUCUUCCAAAAUUAUCAACCAAAUUUCAUGCAAUUUUGGACUGUUUCGAUGGCCGAAUGGUUACAGCGUCCGCCUCGAAGUCGGGAGACCCGUGAUCAAAC